AUACUGAUAUUGGACUAUUCCACACUAAAAUGUAAUUGUGUAGACGUCGAAUGGGGCAGGCAUUUUUAUUUUUUUGCGAAUUUAUGAGUUUUGAAAACAUCACUUUACCAAGGCACCAGAGGCUUCCGGUCUCGAGGCGUUCAGCAGGUGUGUGAGCGUGACGACCUUCGUGCCUGAUUGCAGGGACGUUGUACGGACUGUCAAGCCACAAUCUGCCCUGCCGUGAAGAAUCCAUCCCAAGCUUCUGAAUAAGAUCACAGCGCUGAAGGCUACGUGGGACUCAUCAUGGUGCAGCAGCUGAAUUACGAGUCAAAAAGAGACGUGGUGAUUCCAACGACUAAUCAACAAAAACGACCUGCUUUGUCAUGGGCAUUAAGAAAUGUUCCUGUUCCUCUGCUAUGCAAGUUCCGACCAAUUGUGGGCCAGUGCUGCCAACAAUGCACUCCAGACAGUCUAUCGCACCAUCGUAAGAAGUUUGGACAAAACCCCUCCCUUGGCUUCCACAACAUUCUCAAUAUCAAUGAGAUUCACACAAGGUACAGAGGCUGGUUGGUGCGAAGGAUUUGCUGCCUGCUGUUUGUUAGCGGCUGCAGGGUUGAUCCGAGUCCUGUUAACAGCAGGCAGGAGAGGGUCUGUCAGAGCAACAGGGUGAGGGAGGCUCUCACAGCAGACAGGAGAGCGCCUGAGGGGGGUGACAGCCAAGGGCAGCUCCAGCCCCUCUCAUCGUUCCCCUGCAUCAUUGAUACCUGCAUCUCCCCAAGCCUUUUACGGUGUGUGGGCUGGCUGAUGAUAAAGAUGUUUUCCUCGGUGUUCGGCAGUAUUCAAGUGAACCUCAACCAUUUGACGGCUUUGCACAGAGCCACAGACGAGGGAUCACUGCUGGUCUACGUGUACGUGCGUCAGAGCAUCAUGGACAGCGCUCUCCUUUCUCUGGCUCUCUUUUGUAACAACCUGAGAGUCCCGUACACAAUUUUUCCAGUCCGUAUCAACAACUCCUUCUUAAGAUCGAUCCUUCAGAAAAUUGGUGUGAUCCUCUUGCCACCAUCUGCAGCGACUGAGCAGGAUGCCGAGAUGGACAGAUUAUACUCGCCUAUCAUGACCUGUCUAGUGAGUGAGCUACUACAUGAGGGCCAAGCGUUAAGUGUCAGUGUGUCGGCAGAGUCUGGUCAAGGGGGGCAGUGGCUGGCUCGCAUCAGGCAGCUCAUCAAAGAGGGAUCUGUCCCUGAUAUCACUGUGGUUCCUGUGGGCAUCUCCUAUGAGUAUGUGCCAGAGAUGCACAUGCAGGUUGGCUGGCUGUUGCGGUGGCUGUCGUCGCUUCUUUAUAGGAAACCAGAAGGAAUCGUUAGGAUUAAUUUUUCCCAGCCUUUCUCUCUCAAGGAGAUGUGCGAAUCAUGGAGGUUCCGAGUAGUUACAUGGCGCCCUCUACAGGACCUGUUGCUGCCUGUUAUUUUUGACCACAGGACUGAGAGUGACUUUGGUCAGAGGAAGAUGUUGUGGCUCUUGCCUUCUCCCAAUGCACCUGGAUCCAAAGAGCCAACCAACCAGGACGAAGACUUCAGCAUCAUCAUUAUUGUCCACCUCAUCUUCUCUGCAAUCUCCUGCAUGGCUGUGAUGUCCACCAGUCUGCUGUCCAGUCUUUUGUUGUUCAGACACCGCAAGGGUGUUAGCAUUUCCGUCUUGUGUCGUGACGUAGCGUGGCUCACAGAGGAGCUCUUGUUCAGGAACAAAGAUGUUGGAUUUGCGGGCAGUUUAACAGACGUGGUCCACUACUCCCUCGCUCUGCUUGCUCCUCAUCUCAUCAUAGCCGCGGUGCCGUCAAGAAAAGACCCUUUAGUUGUGCCUCGUCCUACUCUCGCUGCUUCCCUUCACCUCAACCAGCAGGCCCACAUCGUCACACAUACCUUUAUUUUGGAAGCUGUUGGCGCAUGCGCUGUGUCAGCUAUGCUAUAUGAGGUUGCCGGCAGUGGCGUCAGCAGCGAGGUGAGGUCUGACAGCAGCGAUGGACAGGAGGUCAAAGGUGACUUGGAGUUUGAUGUGGUGCUCCUGCAGUCCGAGCUGACUGAAAGAGCCCUGCAGCUCUGCCAUCUCCUGCCUCCGGGCUUUAUACCACCAUGCCAGUCUUCUCAGAGUUUUGCUUUGGAUGCAAUUGACAGUCUGGUGCGAUGUAGCAUCUUGAUCAUGGAAGAAGUUCCAAAGGACAAUCCUAUCUGUGAUUUCUGGAAGAGAGAGGGCACGCUGACCUGGACAACAAGUGACGACCCAUAUCAGAGCGAUUCUGAUUGCGAGGAGCCAGACUUAUGUUCCUACAAGAUAAGCCAGCCCAGUCAGUGCCCUGACAUGCUCUUCUUCCUGUGUCGCAUGCUAGCUGGACAUCUGAGGACACUCUACUGGACCACCUCAUUCCUGGACCACCUACACACACCUCUGCCAGAAGCCGUUUUUGUGACUCAGCUGAGCUCCCAUCUGUGUGACACAGCAUAUAAGAAGAAGGAGCACUAUGAGAGCUGCUCACAGGAGGCGGCACUCGCUGCAGUUAGAACACUAAUAGACCUGGGGGUCCUCAUGGAGGAGCAGCGUGAAGAAGGAGUCUUCAUGGGAGUCACAUCCUUGUUCAAGUUACCAGCAAACAGGCAGAAAGUGCAGCGCUUCAUCUCCAAGUACCUUUACAAUUGAUAAACAGUAGGAGGCGGUGAUACUGCAGUCCUAAACUCAUUGACGUCAAAGACGGUUCUGCGUUAGAAAGGUUGCCCGCUGAGCCGCAAAGGCCUUUUGGGGUUAAUUGCAAUCUGAUUUUUCAGAUAUGAGACAUUGAUUUAAAGUUUGUUUUUUUCUCUUUUGUAAUAUCAUUAGCAUAAAGCUGCGGGAGACAAAGAUUACGAGGUUGCUGUAAUCAGCUGUGAGGGGAUGAUGAUGCAGAGUGAUUUCCCCAUGUUUACACUGAAUGGGGGGCUUUUGUUUGCAACAAGCUUGCUUAUAAACUCUGUUUUUUCCGUUGUCUGAAGAUAACAGAUGCACAUGCCAGUGAGGCCCACUUUUGCUCAUGUCAUUGUUUAACUAAAUGCUACAUUGAGUAUUUUUGUUUAUAAAGACAAUACGUUCGAAUUAUUUUAAUUCAUUUUCCUAAGCAAGUCAUAACUGUUGGCCUUGUAAAAACAGUCAUGAGUUGCACCUCAACUGAUUGACUAAAAAGAGCUUUAGCAGCGUUCACCCCAGCAAAAUCCUGUCACAGUGCAAAACCAGCAUGAAACUCUACUGCCCCCCAGCGUUGGUCAGCAUGUACUGUUCAGUCCAAAUGCAAAACCCAUAAUAUAAUGUAAAGAUGUGCAUAUAUGAAAUAUGUCUGCAAAAUGUACCUUGGCUUUGAAACCCUAGUGCUAAUUCAACAAAAUGACUCAACAAAAUCCUACAUUUCUUGCAGGCACAUAAAAAUUUGUAAAACCUUAUCUUACAGACAAUCAAGAUAUGGUCCAUAAAUUAUAAUGUUUUAUUUCUGGAUGAAAAGUGCAACUGGUAAUGUUGAUAAGGCUUGGCAGAGGUUUAGAUGACUUUGUUGAUGAUGGAGCCUAGCUGGUCUAUUUGGCACUCCACCACAUCGCCUUUCUGAAAGACAGAACCUUCUUAUCAGGACCAAAAUACUGGUACCAAUACACAAACAGCCACAUUACAGCUGCACAAUUUAAUGAGAUGCAAUACAAUAAUGGUAAUAUUGUUAAGUAAGCAUAUCAAUCAAAAAUAAUUUGUGAAGGCAGACUUUGUGAUACAGUUCUUGUAAUAGAUUGUUUGGUGUACUUAAUGUUGUAGUCUGGAAACUAAAGGCCGGAUUUACUAUAGGUUUGCGUGUACGAAAACAUGCGCAAACCUGAUAGCACACACAAAGCUGAUCUACUAAACGUGUGCAAAGUGUAUUGGGCCUGUAAAGUGAGCAGAAUAAGGCUUGCGAUCUAUUUUGAAUAUGUCUUCAUGAAUAUGCAAAAUGUAUGCUCAUAAUUUAGCACGCGCAAUGUGACUCAUUAACAUUCAUCACCGUUUUUCAAGCACUAUUUAGCACGUGU